AUGCACAGCGGCCAAUUCAAGAUCAACACACAGUCUGGCCUGUAUGACUUCACAGACUUUUGUGUGUGUGCAAAAGCAGAAUGUUACCCGGAGGAAGACAUCAGUUCCCAGCUCAACAGCUCCACCAGUGAUCUUCCUGACCUCACCAGACAGUUUUUUUGUGAUCUGUUGGAAAAGGAAGACCUGGGGAUGCGCAUCGGCAAAUUAUCAACUCACAUUGAUGAGAUCAAGGGUGAAAUCUACCACGCCGUACACGAGAAGUAUGCCAACUACAGACCCACCAGGGACUCCACCCAGGAGCUACACAACAAGGUGCAGACACUGUCCACUGAGAUGCAGACUCUCAGCAAUAAGAUCAAGGGAGACAUCAGUUCCCAGCUCAACAGCUCCACCAGUGAUCUUCAGGACCUUACCAGACAGUUGGAGAAAACUAACGCUAUCAUUGAUGUGCUACUGUCACAAUGCAAAGUUAACAGUUUACUGACAGACUUUCAAAGCUUCGUCCAGAACAGUGAGUUCCUGCAAGCAGCCGAUGCUGUCAAUGAAUUGAAAUCUGAUUCGGAUGUUCUCAUCGAAGACGGAUACUGUGAGCUGAAAAUUGUCAAGGCUCUGAGGUCUGAGCUGCGAGUGAACCAAGAGACGCUGCUGCAUCAUCUAGGAGAGGCCUGGUCUGCCAUGACUGUCUGGACUAUACCCCAUGCCAAAGAACCUGUCACCUUGACCAACGUCAGCCAAGUCCAACUCAAACUAGUUCAUAGUGAAAAUCCUGCAGUUACUGUCAAUGCCAUGAAUGAGGUUGGAAUUCUGAAGAACAAAAUGCAAGUUUUCGGAAAGAAACUGAUGGAAUAUAUUCUGAAGCCGGUUGUGACAUUGUCAAAUGUUGCGCCAUCAAUUAACGCAGCUAAAAAGCUACUGUCAUUCUCCAUUAAGUCUUAA